UUCGACAACCAGGGGUCCACUACUUCGCUGGGCAGUGGUGUUCGACACAAGAAGAAGGCCGCUGCUCCUCCUCCACCUCCUACAGCUGGUCCUUCCACGUCCGAUGGCAGGAGAAUGGGCGGGUUCUUCGGGAGGGUCAAGAGAGAAAAGGAUAAGGACAAGGAGAAGGAUAAAGAUAAGGAAAAGAAGGCGAAAGAAAAGAAGGAGAAAAAGAAAGACGACAAACCUGCAGGAAAGAGGUUCCAGCUUUUUGGCGGAGUCAAGAAGACAGGCGAGCCAUCAGCUGCAGAAGACACACCCACAAAAUCUCCUAAGAAAGACAAGGGCAAGCGCCGCCUCUUCGGCAGGGGCGGCGGCGGGAAGGAGAACUUCGUGGGCGCCCCAACCAGGCCUCCCACAGGUCGGACCCACAGGUCGCGAGGAUGACUGGGGAUUCCUUUGAGCGGGAGUCGAUCGACCUGGAGGAAGAUUCUGAAUUCCUCUAAGGAGUGUCGAGGGCGAAAGUGGUCGAGAGUCCGCACCGCAUGGCGAAGGUGGUCGAGAAACGGGAUCGCGACGAGAUUUGAAAAAAAAAGGCGGGAAAAAAAGGCGGUUUGCUUGCUUGCGUCUUUCCUCACGGCGAAAGUGGUCGAGGGGAAGGAGGAUAGGAGAGGAAAGGAAAGAAAAGUGGAGAAAGGAUGGUGGUUUUAUACACUAGAGAAAAGAAAGAAUUGAAAAAUGCGUAUAGAAAAGAAAGAGAAUAGAGAAAUGCGCGAUAUACGGGCGAGAGUGCACGAGACGAAGUAAAGAAAACGGGAACUGAAGUUAAAUACACAAAACAAGGCGAAAGUGGUCGAUCAAAAAAGAUAUGACGAUACCUAACGGAACAAAAUGCAAUAACACAAAAGAAGGAAAAGUGACUAGAUAGAUACAAUAAAAGACAAAGCAAGGAAGUUUGAAAGAAAAGUUGACACAACAGAGACUGUGGUAUGACAUGUGACAUUCUUCAAACAAAAAUGUCUUUCUCGCAUCCAUGACAGAACAAAUGUUAUAAUAGUGUUUUUUCAUCAAUGUCUUUCUUAAAAUGGUGGACUUUUUUCCUGAAUCGAAGGAAAGAAAAUAUUAAUAAACACUUUUUUUAAUAACUGAAACAACCAUUUUUUUUUCUCUUAUAACGAAUAACAACUACAACAUACCAUACGUUUUUUUUCUCAAGCGAAGCAAAGAGAGAAAAAAAUACGUGUCAGAUAAGAAGUUAAAAGAAAACGGAAGAAAAUUGCAUUAGCCAUCUUCAAAGACGCAUAGAAAACGGAGAAUUCUAUACGCGUAUCCAAUCAACUCUGAAAAAUAAAAAUCCAAAUGUGAUAUUACGUUCAUUAUGCAAAUGAGAUUGAUGUUAACUGUACAUACUAUAGUUACGAAAUCCAUUUGUUAACAAGCGAAACGUGAAAAUGUCGCUCAGGGUGAUAACUACAAAACUUUUUAAUUUAGAAAACGUACCCUUCCAUUUUAUUAAAGAAAAUAGGCAGACGAAUUUUAGGGGAAACUAAAAUAAUUGAACGAGUAUUUCAGAUUUUAAUUCUUUAGUUUGAUUUUCCUUGAGGGUUUUUUAAUUAGACGAGUAAAUUGAUUCCACUUCGAUGUUUUUUCCGGACUGACUUAAGCAAUAUUCAAUACAU